AUGUUUAUUCGGGGGCCGACAAAGAUGACACUUUUGCUUCCACGGAGGACUUGGGGCCCCCCGGGGGGCCCCCCGAGGAGGCCCCCGGCAGGGGCCGCGUGGACUACAGGCUGGCCCUCAACUUCGAGCACAAAGUGGACCUCAAGGACCUCCAGCGGUCCCUCGCGCAGGCCGCGGGGGGCCCCCGGGGGCCCCCGGGGGCCCCCCCGGGGUACCCGGGGGCCCCGACCCCCAGCUCCGCAGACGCAGACUGCGCCAAAGCCUCGUCCACCGCAGCGGGCUGCGCGUGGACUUGACCUCCGCAGACGCAGACUGCGCCAAAGCCUCGUCCACCGCAGCGGGCUGCGCGUGGACUUGACCAAAGUGCAGCAGCAAACUAAACCCUCUUGGGGGGCCCCCCCGGAGGCCCGCGGGGGGCCCCCCGCCCGCUGGGCCCACGAAGUCGAGCUCGAGCUACACCCCUCCCAGAUCGCCAGGGCCGUGCUGCACCUGCAGCAAACAGGAGACCCGCGGCCGCUGUGGUGUCUUUGCUGCACCUUCUUGUCUUUGCUGCGGGAGUUAGCUGCUGCUUUGAACUCCCCGCUGGGGCCCCGGGGGCCCCGGGGCCCCCGGGGGCCCUGGGAUGACCUCGAAGAAGUGCAAAUGGCAGCAGCAGAAGAAGUUGCUUUUAAACAUUACCUUUCGGAGGAGUUGCCUUUGAUUGGGGACUAUGCUUACAGAGCUGUGGUGCAGCAAAUGCUGCAGCAGCAGCAGCGCAGCAGCAGCAGCAGCAGCAGCGCAGCAGCAGCAGUUCCUUCGCUGCAGGACUUUCUGAAGCAGCCCGAAGCAGAGUCCAGGUGUCUGUACACCCAAAACAAAACCCACAUUUCGGGGCCUUGGAUUCCCCACAAAGACGCAGACGGCAGAGUCCACCUUAUUGAGCUCAAGCGCUAG